AUUUUUUGAGAAAUGUGAGAGUUAAUCAAUUCUCUGACUGUUUGGAUGCUGCAUUCAUUGUACUAGACUCAGAAGGAGAGGAGGAAGAAUCUCAUGAAGUUGUAAAAAAUUGGUCUGAUGAAGAUGUUAUGUCACUAUUGCAACAGGUUUCAAUAACAAGGAUAUAUAAUCAUAUUCUUUUAUUAAAUGAAGGUGGCACUGUUAGUGUGAAACUAAUUUCAGAGAGGGACAUGUUGAAGUUUUUUGCAUAUUCUACUGCUCUUAUAAAUGUUCUUUUCAUGGGUCUAGAAAACUACUGCGAAGAAAAUACUAUUAGCUCUUAUGAUUAUAUUUGUCAUCUUCUCAGGCACACAGUUGGCUAUGUUUCCGAUUAUUGGCAGAAUUACAUCAAGAGUAAUGGCAGUAUUAAACCAGCUUUUCAAGCAGAGUAUGACAGAUUCCUUUUCCAUGCUGUGUACAAAAUCUUUCACUUUCAAAAGCUUGGAAUAUGGAAGUGCCUUUCAAAAUUACCUCUCAACUCUGUGUCAAGAAAAAUGUUUUGGAAUAUAUUAUGGCUUUUUCAUCACUCUGACGGGACUGAAGAGGAAAUUUAUUCAGCAAAGGAUGCAGACAGAAGAUUGCUUGAUGUUUCUGAACAAAUGAGAUUUUUCCAAAUGAUGAAGAUGUAUGAGGAGAAAAAUGCUUUUCACAUUUUGAAUUUGUAUGAAAAAAUAGCUCUUUCCUGUAAUGGUGAUGAGGAGAUAAUCAACUUUUUAAUUCAUGAGAUUUGUGAAGUUUCGUUUUUUGAAACCUGUUCAAGAGACAAGUUCUGCAAGGAGGCCAUUGUUGCUAUAUCGCAUAUAGUAAAGACAUAUCCUCAACUUGCAUCCUUUCUAUUGAAAGAAUUUGAUGGAAAAGAUGAUGAAGUAAAUAGUUGUGCUCUGAAACUUUUUAAAGAAAUAAACUUAUUGAGAUGGAAACCUGACAAGAAGGACUUAGCAGUACUUUCUGAGUGGUUGCUUUCAAGUACACUUUCUCAACCUCAAAAUCAUUUGGCUCGACUUAUAAUUAUAAAGUUAAAUUGGAAUUAUGACGCAAUGGGAUCUCUAAUUUUACCUCUACAGAUGCAUCAAGAGGUUGCCGUUCUUCUCGUAAAGGCUUAUUUAAAAUUUGACGCUGAUGGAAACAGAUGGAUAGUAUCUAGAGGUUUAGAUCAGAUGCUUCAGUUUGCAUCCAUUGAAACUCAUGUGAAGGAAGAUGAAGGCUUUAUUCAUUGGGUGUGGGAAACAUUGUUCUCUUUGAAACUGCAUGUUUUAGACAAAACUUUCCCUUCUUGGGUACAGAUAUAUGAUGGCUUCAUAGAUACUGGCAACAUUCCAGAUCUUCUUGAAGAUGUUUUUCUAACACCUCUGCAACAUGCAUUUGAAGCUAAGCAUCCUGCUGCAUGCUAUGUUGUUCUUGCAAUGACACGUAUUGGUCAUAGUGUUGAAGACUUGAUGAAACAAGGCUUACAGUGCUUAUCAAUUCUGGUGCAGCAUCAACAAUACCCAGCAGCUAUUCGUUCAUUGUAUUAUAUGCUUCCAUUUUUUGUAAAAAAGUCUGAUCAUUUGCUGUUGGAAACAGAGUUUUUAAAAUCUAUGAAUUAUCUCAUAACAGCUGAUAUGAGUGUGUUGUCAAGUAUUACCGGUGGUGCUGUGAAGGGUAUUGUACUUCAGAAAUUAGCUGCUAUGAUUAAGCUGAAUUAA